AUGACCUCCGGUACCGCCAUGAGUGGGCAAACAAAUGGGAAUGGGAAAAUGGGAGAUACUGAAUCUGAAGCCACCUUCGCUAAUGGAACCUUGGUGUAUUGGAAAUUCGAAAAUGGCAACUUUUGGGGAAGCGUUAAGGAUUUUAAGAAUGGCAAAUACGUUACCAGCUGGAGCGAUGGCGAUGUGCAUAUUUUGAAGGAGGAAACCGUACGACACAUGGUAUAUCACGCACAAGCGACUCUUAUCAAUAUACCAGAAAGGUUUGAGAAGAAGACAAAAGUUCAGAAGUAUUUUGAGAACGAUGGAAAAUGGUGGACAGGGAAGAUUAUUGGAAAAGACAGAGAUCACAAUUACAAGAUCGAAUGGAGCAACGGGGCUAUCAACGAAUGGAAUGCCUUGGACACCGUUGCAAUGGUGCAAGAUGCAAAGGAUUUUGACGUUGAUGAAUCGAAGGAGCAGGAGACCGAGCAUUCUGAUGAGGAGAAGGAGGAAGAAGAAGAUGAAGAAACGUAUGCUAAUGCGAAGGCAGAGGAAGUUGAGAAUGAUGAAUCUGAGCGCUCUGCCGAUAGCAGUUCAAAUGUUCCAGAGGUCGAAUCAGUGGAUGAGUCUGUUGACGAAGUCCAUCAAUCCACUGACGCUAGCAGCUAUUUACUCAAUGAUUCUACUGAAGUUAGCAGCAUUGCAACUGCAACAUCAAUAGGAUCUGAAGAUCCAGGAGAUGCAAUCCUUCCUUCAACGUUCCCUCGGACAGAAGAAGGGCUCAAAGAGUUCCUAAGUCGCGUUGAUGGGAGCGCAGAUGAUGAUGGACAUAAUCAAGAGGCUACAUUCGAAGAAGAAGCAAUAUUUCAGGCCAAUCUUAAGAUUGAGGCAUCUUCCACACGUGAAAUUCCGAUUCCAACAAUGGUGCCCAACUCGCUGGUACAAUGGGCUAUUCGAAUAGACGAAACUGACAUCAGUUUCUCUAUCCGACUGAAAAGGCCAUCAAAGCCUGACCAAAUCGAAGACAUUGUAGAAGAAACGGUCGUUUAUGCAAAGGAAGAGGAAACCGAGCAGGAAGCUGCAGAGGAUUCAAACCCACUAACCAACAGUGUGCAGGUGGAUCCGUCCGAAAGGGGGGAGUUUAUGGUGGACGAGUCAUCAAGUACUAUUAUAUUGGAGUUUGACAAUUCUUACUCUUGGUUUCGAGAGAAAACCAUUUCCUAUCACGUCCGAAUUGUUCCUCCCCUCCCGCAUGAUGUCUCGGACCGGGCAGAAAAGUCAUAUCCGUAUGUAAUGAAGCUGUUGCGGCAGGCACAAUUUGAGGUAAACUUUUCAAAGCAAGCUGUCGCAGCUGCAGAGCAAAACGUUGGCUUUACGGAACAUCAUUUCGGUCAAAUGGAAGUUGAUAUUGAGCGAAAGCAACGAAAGCUGCGUCAAAUGAAACAGGCGGCUUCAAAACUAGAUGAACGCCGAGUCGGAGAGGAACAAAAGCUUUUGGCGCAUCGAAAGCGACUGGAGGAUAAAGAAUUAUACAUUUCGAAGCUAGAAGAGGCAAUGAAGGAAUUGGAAAAAGAAAGAGACCUGUGUUGGGGUGAGAAGCAACAAAUUCAAAAUUCAAUAUACGAUCAGGAGCGUCAGUUGAUGCGAUUUGAUGACGACUGUAAAAACGUAGAAUCACAAGCAGAGGAGGUGAAAUCGGAUUUGUGCGAUUUGCAAAUUGAAGUUCUGCUGAAAGACAACCAUGUUGCCGAUAUGGAAGAAGCGUUGGAAAAGGCCAAGGCGGACGAGGCAGAGGCGAUCGAAAAUGUGGCGUUUUUGGAACGUGCAGAAGAGGCCUUGAAGUUGCGACUUGGGGAACGAACGGUGGAAGCCCUAAAGAUGCGGUUUGGAUAG